UGGCAGCAAGCCGGUGAUGGAAGAGCAGGGAGCGGGGGAGAGGGAGCCCGUGAACCUCCGCUGUGCUGAUCAGCCGGAGCUGCUCUCAUUAAUAAUAAGCGGACAAGAGGAAGCCACGCAAGAGGAGAGCGACUUGGGAGAUGGUCUUUCCAAUGGCCAUGGUGAGGUGGAAUCAAAGAGUGGUGUGGUCACACCUGACAGCUCUCCCGGCACCAGCUACUGGAGCAUCACGGAGGGCCCAAAUCACCCCCUCCUCCUUUCCCUGGCCCCUGGGCCCUCUGGAUGCAAACCCAGGGUGCAGAGAGCCUCACGUCCAGGCCUGAGCCGGAUUCCAGGCCGUGACCACCGCCGGUACUACCACGAGUACUGGCGCAGCGAGUACCUGAUGGACUUUGACCCCCAGAGGCACGGCAUGAUCUGCAUGGUGUGCGGUAGCUCACUGGCCACUCUGAAGCUCAGCACCAUCAAGAGGCACAUCAGACAGAAGCACCCAGACUCCCUGCUGUGGAGCGCCGCCGACAAGGAGGUGAUCCGCUCAGGGUGGGAGAGCCACCUGAGUUUGGGGGGAGGCCAGAAGUCAUACAGCUCUGCUGCUGGACCGUCACAUCAGGGAGAAGAGGACACGAGCCACUCAGGUCAACAUACUGCCGCAGAAUCUGCAGACCCCGUGGCAGCCCAGGAGCAGAAACAGCAGCCCGUGAGCCCGUCUACCUGCUCUGUGGAGGGUGAAACCCCGCAGCCCAAAGAAGAGGAGCAGGACCUGCCCGAACCAUCGGCGCAGAUCCUGGAACGCUACCUGAACGACUCGCUGCACGCCUGGUUCCGUCAGGAGUUCUUGAUGGAAUAUGAGUCUCACGCCGGUCGGCUGCUGUGCAUGGUGUGUGGAGCAGCGCUGCCCUCGCUUCACCUGGACCACAUAAAGAGCCACCUGCUGGACACCCACCCUAACUCCCUGGUGUACAGCUCUGAGGAGAAACACUGCAUCCUUCAGGCCUGGGCUCAGACUCACGAAGAAGCAGAACAUUCAAGCAAAUCAGAGACCAACACCAAAGAUGGCGCUGUGGGCCUCUUCUCUGAGGACGUGGAGACCAUCCAGAUCAACACUGACUUGUACCCAGAAGACGAUGGCACUUUAACUCAGGACACUUGUCUUAUUGGUGAGGACGGAGGUGUUGGAGCUCUGCAGCAGGGUCUCCAGCCCCUCCGGCAGCCUAAGAGGAGGAGGCUGCGCGGGGGCGACCCGUGGCGGUUGCGCCUCGACUACCUAGUGGCCUACGGGCCUCAGGGCCAGGGCACGUUCUGCAUGGUGUGUUCACAGGUCCUGCAUGAAACCAAGGUUAGCAGCUUCCGCCGCCACAUCCAGGAAUGUCACCCGGAGACCACAACCCUGAGCCGACAAGAAAGGGAAGCCAUGGCUGCAGCCUGGACCAAAGACUAUCCUAGUGAAGGCACACAAAUACAAGAUGAAGUCAACCCCAGUGAAGUCGGUACCUUCAGCGCCGCAGGAGAGACAAACGAGGACGCCUGCCCUGAUGUCAAAACGCCCAGCAAAGUGGUGAUAAAGGAGGAAGGUGUGAGCAGAGGCAGGGGCAAAUCAAAGGAUGGCAGCGUUGCAGCCACGCCUUCUCGUCACGGUCAUUACCCCGGGAAGGACCAGAGGAGGAACUACCAGGUGCGCUGGCGGAUGGAUUACCUGAUGGAUUACGACUGCAGGAGGCACGGGCUGAUCUGCAUGGUGUGUGGAGCCACUCUGGCCACACUGAAGGUCAGCACUAUUAAAAGACACAUUCAGCAGGUCCACCCUCACUCGCUGUAUUACAGCACAGAGGAGAAACAGCAGGCCCUGCAGAGCUACAACCAGGCUGCCCUGCACUUCAUCCACUCUGAUGACUGCUUUUCGCCCCGGGACCAUGGACAUACCGAGCUGGCUCCCACACCGACACGCUUUGGCACUUAGAGAGGGGGCCCCCCCCCACAGAGCCCCCGUUCAGAACGAGCCCUCUACUUGUUUUCUUGAAGGGAAAUUUGGGUAUUUGUAAUUUGUAAAACACUGCAAUUUCCCUUUAAGUCUGCAUCUGAGAGUACUGCUGUGGCUACAAGACACCUAACAGCUGCGACACAGGAAAUGACACAAUCUAACAACAUCACACAGCCUAAAGAGAAAACUCAAAGUGCAGCCACUCAUUUGAAACUAAAGCUUUUUUUGCACAUCGCCUGUUUUACCUGAGGACCUCACAAGAUUUUCAGAAGUUAUUGGUAUGAAUGUACAAAAUUUAUGUUUUGCUGAUGUAUUUAUUUCCUAACUUUGUAUCUAUAGGUACUAUAAAAACAAAAUCAUCGUGGAUCAUUUGGCUUUAGUGGGUAGUACUCUGGAGCAAUGAUAAAACCCCUAAAUCUGCACUGAAAACUGUACAGUAAUGACAAGAUACUCUUCAAAAAGUAGGUUAAAGAGAAAUUAAAUGAGACUAAUUUGAUCUUUUGGGGGGUGGCUGCACCUCAGGAGGAAGAGCAGGACAUCUACUAAUCAGACAGUUGGUGGUUUGAUCCCUGGCUGCUCCAGGCUGUACACAAAAGUAUCCUUGGGCAAGAUAUUGAACCCCGAGUUGCCCUCCGAUCUGUUCAUUGGAGUGUGAAUGUUAGAAAAGAGUCAAGCGUAGAAAGAAGUGCUUCUGUGAAUGGGUGACAGAGGCAUGUUGGAUAAAGUGUUUAAGUAGAGUAGAAAAGCACUGCAUAAGAACCCAUGUGUGUACCAUCUUUACUGAUCUAAGGGGAUCCUGAAAGCUGCUUCUUUAUGGAAAACAGCUACACCCCUGUCUGAACAUCAACACUGGUUUAUAAGAUAAGGAAAAAUGUGUGAAUAAGAACCGUGUUAGUGGGAAUCAGGCUGUAUUAAAAUCCCAUAUAGAAUAGGAGAGAGCGAAACAUGG